AUGGUGAUUUUGGCCCCUCUUCCUUCUCGUGGGCUCACACUGUCCCACAUAACCGAAAUUAUGUUCCGUACAAGCACAACACUUUUUAUGGUGGCAGUCGUUCAUCUCAUCAUCAUCCAACCGAGUGGGCAGUACUUUUUUAACGGCAUUAAAUCCGGACUCGAUGAAGACCUGAAGCACUCGCUUUUUCUAAGCCACAUCGGACAGUGCCGUUGGCAGCAGGAUCUGUCGGUCUUUCUUGGUGAUAUGCGUAUCGUGCAGCGAAGCAACACACAGUACGUCGUUAGUGGAGUGUUUGUGGUCCGCCGGAACCUGACGGCUCCAAUUGCCACGAGGGUAAUGAUCGAGAUCUGUCAGAACGAGACACAGUGCCGCCCGUUCGUGGAACCACCGGUCGCCGUUGGUGAUGUGUGUGAUUUUCUACGCAAUAAACAAAACACUUCACUGGGAGCUAUUAUGUCCUACAGCAUCCCUCCGCUUGCAUGUCCGCUGCAGAAAGGCUUGUACCGGAUCAACGAUGCACUCGUGGACUACAAACCGUUCCGUUACUUUUCACCACAUGUAAGUAAAUUCUGGCGCAUCGAUUUGAUUGGGGAAAUUGAAAAUCGGCGGGUUUUUUGUAUCAGAAUAGAAUUUUAUGUGUACAGCUGGGAAGAUAUGCUUCCGAGGUAUUAA